GUUUAGAAAUGUUCAAAGAAGUUCGAGUUCCCAUAAUUCCUUCUGAAGAACCUUUCAAAAGACCAAAGCCAGUGGAAGCUUUCUGUACAUCACUUAUGGAUUAUUUCCGAGACGUGUGCAAGUCUGUGGCCAUGGAGCGUGAAGUGACUCUUGAUCAGCUGUUUAUUGAUGGGACACUUGUCCAAAGCCAAAUUGAAACUAAGACUGGGAAAAAUAGCAUAAAAGCAAUGGAAAAGGAGCUGAAGAUCUGCCAGGACUGGUCCAAUGGAGAGUUUUCUCAAUUUGAAUUUGCGUUUUGGUUUGACUGCAAACAACUAAGCUUGCCUGAGAAGCAAUACAGCUUGAAGGAUCUGCUUCUUGAAUUUUUCGUUAAACCUCAAGAGGGAAGCAAAGAGAUCUUUGAGUAUAUACUGCAAAAUCCUGCAAAAGUCCUUCUGGUUUUUGAUGGUUUUGAAGGGUUGCAUGAUCAUGAGAAUUUUCCUCGUUGCUUGGCCAGCCAGCCUGAAAAAGACUUGUGCAGUGUAAAGGAGCUGAUCUCAGGACUCAUCCAAAAGAAGAUACUCAAUGGUUGUACUUUAUUACUUACAGCAAGACCCAAAGACAAGGUGUACCAGUAUGUGUCCAAAGUGGAUAAGACCAUUGAAAUAGUAGGAUUUUCCCCUCAGCAGAGAGAAUUAUACAUAACCAAAUACUUCGAAGGAUUGCCCUACUGUGAUAACGCACUGAAAUUAAUCAAAGAGUGUGAAUACUUGUUCAGUCAUUGCUACAGCCCUGUUAUGUGUAGAUUUGUUUGUUUUCUCUGUGAGACUGUACUUGAAAUGGGAGACAAACACCUUCCUUCAACUCUUACUAAAAAGAAAUUCGUUCAGCAAAAGAUAAUAACUAUGCAAACAGAUGGUACAGCCAUGGAAAAUCAAGAGAGUCUCGCUACGCUGGCCCGUACAGCCUGGUAUCUUGGAGAAAAGCACCAAAGUGCCAUGAAAAGUGAUCUUCUUCCUUCUAAGAAAGUUAAAGAGUUUGCUCUGAAAUAUGGAUUUUUCCUGCCAUUUGCAUUCCCCAAACAUUCAGAUACUGGAGAAGAGGAAUUUGGGAGCACAUUCUCUGACUUUGUCAUUCAGAAUUUCUUGGGUGCGCUUCACCUUAUGUUAGCAGAAGAGACCAAGGAUAAAAGUCUAACAAAGUACCUGUCCUUUCCAUCCAAGAAGAAAAAACCUUAUAACUGGUUAGAUUUAACGCCUCGGUUUUUGACUGGAUUGUUGUUCCUCCAGGAUGACUCCUGCUUCUGCUCCCUUUCAAAUAGGGAUGUGAAACAAUCAACCAAGAAGCAGAAAACACUCCGGAAAUAUAUUAAAAGGCUGCAGAUAAAUGAGCUCUGUCCAGAGAGGUUACUCGAGCUUUUACAUUGUAUUUACGAAACACAAAACAAUUACCUUUUUCAGCAUGUGGCCUUAAGGCUCAAACCAGACCUGUCUUUUCUGGGCAUAGUUCUUACACCGCCUGAUGUCUAUGUACUGCGCUCUGUUUUUAAAAGGUCAAGUAAAGAGUUUUCCUUGGACUUGCGAAACAGCAGCACUGACAUGCAAGGGCUAAAAGACUUGGUUGGCCUAAAGAAUGUGUCAUCGUUCAGGGCCUCCCUCAGCGAUACCAUCAGGCUCUGGAAGUCUUUAGAACAGACAAAAGACUAUGAGCUGCUGAGAGCAUCAACAGAGAAAUUUGUUCUUGAUCCCUUUAAGGCCAAGACAAUGAAGGACAUCAGUGACCUUUCAGACCUUGUAGAGAUGCAGGAGAAGACGAUCAACUGCGUGCAAGAUGCAUCUGGUUGCAGCAGCUAUGAAAUUCCUGCUAUCAAAAACCUCAGAAAACUAGAGUUUGCGCUGGGUCCAGCAUGUGGCCUACAAGGAUUCCUAAAACUCGUGGAAAUUCUUGCAGCAUUUCCAUCACUUAAGCAUUUAGACCUUGAUGCACUGAGUGAAAAUGGCAUUGGAGAUGAAGGAGCAAAGAGUCUAUCUGAAGUCUUUCCAACUCUGACAUCAUUGGAAACAUUAAACUUAUCACAGAACAAGAUAACAGAUGUGGGUGCGGAGAAACUGGCCACAGCUCUUCCAUCCUUGUCUUCAUUAAAGACACUAAGCUUAUACAAUAACAGCAUUUGUGAUUUUGGAGCAGAAAAUCUUGCGAAAGUUCUUCCUGCAAUGGCUUCUUUAAGAGUGCUAGAAGUUCAGUAUAACAAAAUAACUGGAGUUGGAGCCCAGCAGCUGACUGACAGCUUACGAAAAUGUCCCCAUAUAAAGAAGUUGGU